CCUAGGGCUUUCAUCCCCAAACGAGGGCCUCUCUCUCUCUCCCUUUUCUCUGUAGUAUUAUUGACUAUGUAGGAUAGAAGAAUCAGAAUAAUUCUCCAGCAUCUGCAUAUUAUAUAGAUAUAUAUUUAUACAAAAAAUAUUAUUACGUAUAUAAAUUUUCUUCAGUUUUUCAGGCAGCAUAUAAUUUAAGCUAGAUCACUUAGAACAUUUUUAUCAAUUCUAAUCACCAUGACUUCAGUCAUCAACAUGGACGGUCAGGAUCAGCUACUCAGCGAUCUCAACAAUUUAUCCACCCAGCAACAUCAGGGGGAAAUGCAGAGCAACACAGACAACGUUGAAAAGAGAUGUGGGAAUCAUGGUGGGGUGUGUGCAAUAUGCUUGGAUGAGAUUGUGCUUCAAGAAACUGCUCUUGUAAAAGGUUGCGAGCAUGCCUACUGUGCAACCUGCAUUCUUCGUUGGGUGACAUACAGCCAAAAACCCACCUGCCCUCAAUGCAAACAUCCAUUUGAGUUCCUGAAUGUCCAUCGUUCGCUUGAUGGCAGCAUACAUGACUACAUGUUCGAGGAGAGUGUGUGCUUACUUCUUAGAGCAAAAUGGUUUGAGCCUCUGAUUGUGGAGGAACGUGAAGAUGUGUAUGAUGACCCUGAUGAUUAUUAUUACCCCUAUGAGGACGAAGAGGAUGAUGAUCUGGAUGAAGCUUACUUCAGCAGUUCAUCGAGUAUCCGAAUCGGUAAUCGAAGGUGGGGAGAUAAUGGAUAUGUGAGAGGUGGGCGUCAAGAAGCAAGGCCUGUUCACAGAUCAAACAUAGAGGACUCGGGUGCUAGUUCGUCCCGUGAGCCUAGGAAGAAAGAGGCCGCAAUGGAUAAAACUGGGAGACGUGCGAAGCGGGCACUUAAACGUGAAGCUGCUGAUAAGGCUGCAGCAGCAAAACAUCAGCAGCAUUUGGCAAGGUUGGGCCGGAAGUAAUUCCCUUUGUGCAACUGCGUUAUAUGGCAGAUAUUGAAACCCUCCCACCCCAUCUCCUGUACAGUAAUUCCAUGACCUUUUUUUCUUUUGGGUUAAGACUGUAUUUGCCGUAACUAUGUGAAAUAAUGUACCAUCAAAGGGAAGGAAAAAGGAAAAAAAGAGAGAAGAAAAAAAAAAAGAAAAGAAAGACGCUGUGAAAUAAUGACUGACUGGUCUCUGUAUUCUUAAAAAUUGUUCAGAUUACAUUUAACCAAAACAAAAAAGAAAAGUUUCAGUUU